AUGGAGUCUAUGGAUCAAAACAAGGAGGUCGCUUUGUCGCCGCAGCAGCGCGACCGGCUGCGUCUCAUCCAGUUUCUUAGGUUUGCUCGGAAGCAGCGCGAGGAUGGCCUCGCUGUUCCUGACUAUAACAUUCAGAAGGAGUCUACUCUUCACAUGGAGCUCAGGCUGGGGAGAGGCAUGAUCCAUGUCAAGACUUUGGCAGACACUACCUUGAUGCUGGAGGUUGAGCUAUCUGACACAGUUUUAGAUGUGAAGAGAAAGAUCCAGGACACGGACGGAAUACCAAUCAGGGAGCAGCGCCUCUUCUCCAUGGGCAGGCAGCUCACAGACGAGAGAACCCUAGCCUACUACGCCAUCCAUAAGGGAUCCAGCAUGCACCUGCCUGAGAGGUCUGUGUGCCAGGAGAGCUUGCCAAGCACAUUAUUGAUGCUGUAA